UUUUUCAGUCCAACUAAGUAAAUUAUUUGUUAUAUUACCAACUACUUUAAAAAAAAUUGGACUCAGAAAUGAUAUAUUUCCUUCUUUUAAAGCUCAUGUAUGGGCUUCUUGGAACUUUUUACCCUGUAUAUGCAUCAUUUAUUGCAAUGAAAACAGUAAAUACUAAAGAUUACAUUAAAUGGAUGGAAUACUGGAUCGUAUAUGCUUUGUACAGUUUUAUAGAGGUAUUUCUAGACUUCCUUUUCGCUUUCUGGUUUCCUUUUUAUUACGAGAUGAAAGUUUUAUUUGCAAUUUGGUUAAUAUCUCCUGUUACUAGAGGCUCAAGAUGUAUUUUUAGAAGUAUUAUUGUUCCUAAUUUUCCCAAAUAUGAAGCUUUCAUUAACCUUUAUAUCGAUUCUUUAUCAAAGCAAUGUUGGGAAAUCUGUAAAGUGGUAGGCGUUCAAGCUCUUCAGCUUUUGGGAGAAUUAUUGCAUAAAAGUGAAACAUCCGUUGGAAAACGUUUACCAAAAGUAAAUACUAUUUUUCAAUCAUUGUGUAAAAUAUUGCAACAGGAAGAGAAGAAUUCAAAGGAAACAAAAGCAGACGAUAGUGAUAUAUAUGAAGAAGGAUCUGAUAUCUCCAUUUUGGGUAAAGACGGUUCGGAACGAAAAAUUACAGAUGGUAGUGAUAUAGCUGAAGAAUCUGAUAUGUCUAUCAUUGAAAAACCAUCAACUAGAAAAAGACAUGAUCAACUACGGGCUUCGAAUUUUGUUAAACGUUACCAAGAUUGUAUUGAUAACCCGUCUUGGAAGUGUGUUUUAGACAGAGGUAAAUCAAAUGCCAAAAUUUGCUGCCGCAAAAGCAAAGGAAUUGUUAAAAGUAAAAAUGUCUUAAAACCGAAAUUAAUUGCUUUGGAUUCCAGGGCGUAUAUUUCCAGACUUUCAUGAUAACUGGCAUUCGUCUGGUAUUUCUUUAUGAACUUUGAAGUCUCUGUUCAUCUGGAAUAAGGAUUAAUAUUUCCCAAUUUCUUAAAAUGUGCUACAAACAAAAAAUAUUUACUUUAUAACUAAAGUGACUAAUUUACAAAUUAUUAGAAAACUCAGUAUUUUGUCUAAAUUUAUUUUAAGUUAUUUAUUGUUUCAUACGCAUUUUGCUUCAUAUGUAUUUCUCAAGGCAUAUUUUCUCAGUAAAAUUGAGUUCGGUAGAAUUCAGCUGAGUUUAUUUUGCAUCUCAUAGAAAUACUUAUAUUUACAUGUAAUAUUUUAAAUUUAAUUUGGCAGAAAAUAUUUUGAUGAAUAAAAAAACGAAA